AUGUCGUUGGCAUCGGCACUCAUUCUCAGAGUCAGCCAAAUCAUAAGAGAUCCUCCGCGCGCUCUUGUACGAUUAGGCAUAUUCGCUGCGUUUUCUAUUCUUUUGAUUCUUGUUACUUGGAAAGGCUCUUCGGUGUUGUCUUAUGGCUGGAGCGCUGCGCCGAUAAGCGAGGCUGAGCUUGACAUUUCGUUAAAGGCGAAGGAGUUUGGCGAGAGUCCCAUUAAAGCGCCGUAUAAAACUACUUUUUGGGAAGUUGGUCAACGGUCGAGGGAGUUGAGGAAAUGGAUUGAGAAGGCUGAUCAUGUUGGGACUUCUUCGUUUGCUGGGCGACAAUUGCAUGAUGUUGUUGAGACGACGGCGCAGGAGUUAUUUCCGUUCUUGAAGAACCCACCGCGCAGACCAGGGACGAAAACGCCGCUGGCUGAUUUGAGACGGACCUUCAAGAAGGGAUCGAAGGGAAUUGUUAUCCCCGUUGGAGGUGGUGAACAGUCUGUUCGAUUCGCCGGCCAUUUGAUCGUCAGUUUGCGAAAGGUCUUGGGUUCUCGAUUACCGAUUGAGAUCGUGUACGCGGGAGAGGAUGAUCUACCAAAGAAGGACCGCGACAGAAUCUCGAAUCUGGAUGGUGCAACUGAUAUCGAGUUUGUCGACAUCUUCACCAUCUUCGACGACACGACUCUGAAGCUCAAAGACGGAGGUUGGGCUAUCAAGGCUUUCGCAAUGUUAGGUUCUCGCUUUGAACAGGCAAUUCUUCUAGACGCAGAUGCCGUUUUCAUCCAAAAACCCGAGGAACUGUUCUCUCAACGGGCAUACAAGGAGAAGGGCGCUCUGCUCUUCCACGACAGACUUCUUUGGCAACAUGCCUUCAGAUCGCGCCAUGAUUGGUGGAUAGACCAAAUCAAGGUCCCGUCAGCGGAAAUGAACAACUCCCUUGUCUGGACAGAAGACUACGCCGAAGAAUGCGAUUCUGGUGUCGUAGUCCUCAACAAAGGCCGCGUAGACACUCUCGUCGGCUUGCUCCACGUCGCAUGGCAAAACACGCACGACGUCCGCGAAGAAGUAACCUACCGACUCGGCCACGGAGAUAAAGAGUCUUGGUGGCUCGGUCUAGAACUCAGCGGUUCACGAUACGAAUUCGAGAAGCAUUACGGUUCGAUGCUAGGCUGGGGUAAAGAGGAAGGAAAGGUGUGCAGUUUUGUCAUCGCACAUACAGAUGAGAAGGAUAAGUUACUGUGGUACAACGGAAGCUUGUUGAAGAACAAGAGAGUGGAUCCGGAGGGGUAUGAAGCUCCAGAGUAUUGGAUGAUGGAUGGUAAGUGGCACAAGGGUAGGACGAAGGAUGAUAUGAGCUGUAUGGAUGGCAGUGAGGUUUUGAAGUUGAGUGAUAAGGAGAAGCAUGUCCUAAGGGAGAGUAUUGAUGUCGCCAAAAAGGUGGAUGAGGCUUUGAAGAGGGGUUGA